AUGUCUUCCGCUACUCCGCAACAAGGGAUUUCUGAUAUACGCCAAACGGAUCUCACCUAUCGAUCUCUGGCAUUGUCUCCAAGCGAAGAUGAUCCAGAUACACGCCAGAAGUACCGGCCAUUCAUUCUUGACAACGAUGCCAAUGCCACCGAAGACUGGGUCAACAACUUGGAUCUGACUACCGCUUUCAACAUGGCCGAGCAGGACUUACAAAACACAAAAGAGAGACUCAGGGUCUUGGUACUUUAUGGCAGUCUCAGAAAAAAGUCCUAUUCACGUCUAGUCGCAUUCGAAGCCUCUCGUAUCCUGUUUCGGCUCGGUUGCGACGUGCGAGUCUUCGAUCCCGAGAGUCUGCCAGUGAAGAGUGAAAACGCAGAUCACCCGAAAGUACAGGAACUCCGUGAACUCAGUGCUUGGAGUAACGGACAUCUUUGGGUCUCGCCAGAGCAACACGGUAACCUUACCGCAGUUUUCAAGAACCAAAUCGAUUGGAUCCCUUUGAGCACAGGAAGUGUUCGUCCCACUCAGGGCCGAACACUAGCUAUUGCUCAGGUGUGUGGUGGAUCUCAAUCGUUCAAUGCCGUCAAUUCUUUACGUAUACUUGGUCGAUGGAUGCGCAUGUUCACUAUCCCGAAUCAAUCCUCAAUCCCGAGGGCUUAUACACAAUUUAUUGACGAAGGUCAACCAGGGGAUCAGCGGCUAUUGCCUAGUGGCAAUCGAGAUCGGUUGGUGGAUUGCAUGGAGGAAUUUGUCAAAUAUACUAUUCUAAUGCGGCCGCAUAUGGAUCUUUUUGGAGAUCGGUUUAGCGAACGGGAAGAGAGGAGAUUAAAAGAGAUCAAGGCAAAUGCCACUAAAUAG